AUGAGUAAUUCCGAACAAAAUUCAAGCAACACAUCUUCUUCCAUCUUAGAAGCUGACGCUAAAGGUGAUGACUUGCAACAAAUCAUUGAUGAAACCUUGGCUAAGAAGUCAUACAAAGAAUAUAUCUUAAUUUCAUGUUUAUGUUUCUUGGUUGCCUUUGGUGGUUUUGUCUUUGGAUAUGAUACUGGUACCAUUUCUGGGUUCGUCAACAUGACUGAUUUCCUCGAAAGAUUUGGUCAAAUUAAUGGUUCUGGUGAAAGAUACUUGUCUAAUGUUCGUACUGGUUUAAUUAUUUCCAUUUUCAACGUUGGUUGUUGUAUUGGGGGUUUAGUAUUCGCCAAAGUUGGUGACAUGUAUGGUAGAAGAAUCGGUUUGAUGUUUUCUAUGGCUAUUUACGUUGUUGGUAUCAUUGUUCAAAUUUCUGCUCAACACGCUUGGUACCAAAUUAUGAUUGGACGUGCCAUUACUGGUUUGGCUGUUGGUACCGUUUCUGUCAUUUCUCCAAUGUUUAUUAGUGAAUCCGCUCCAAAAGCUUUGAGAGGUACUUUGGUUUGUUGUUUCCAAUUGUGUAUCACUUUGGGUAUCUUUAUUGGUUACUGUUGUACUUAUGGUACCAAGAAAUUGGAUAACUCUGCUCAAUGGAGAAUUCCAUUAGGUUUGUGUUUCCUUUGGGCUAUUUUCUUGAUCUGCGGUAUGUUGUUUAUGCCAGAAUCUCCAAGAUACUUGGUUGAAAAGAACAGAAUUGAUGAUGCAAAAGUUUCCAUUGCCAGAUCCAACAAAUUGAACCAAGAAGAUCCAUUUGUUUUUGCUGAAUUGCAAUUGAUCCAAGCCGGUGUUGAAAGAGAAAGAUUAGCUGGUAGUGCUUCUUGGGGUGAAUUGUUUAGCGGUAAACCAGCAAUUUUCAAGAGAGUUGUCACUGGUGUUUGUUUAGCUUCCCUCCAACAAUUGACUGGUAACAAUUACUUCUUCUAUUUUGCUACCUCUAUUUUCAAAGCUAUCGGUUUGGAAGAUUCCUUUGAAACUUCUAUGAUUUUGGGUGCUGUCAACUUUGGUUCCACUUUUGUCAACAUUUACGUCAUUGAAAAAUUGGGUAGAAGACUUUGUUUAUUGGUUGGUUCUGCUGGUAUGUUUGUCGCCUUCAUUAUCUACUCCAUUCUUGGUUCUGUUAACUUGUACGAAAACAAUGAUUUUGAUAGUGAUGUCACUAACCGUUCCACUGGUAGAGCUAUGAUUUUCAUUACCUGUUUGUACAUUUUCUUCUUUGCUUCAACUUGGGCUGGUGGUGUUUACGCUAUUCUUUCUGAAAUUUACCCAUUACGUGUCAGAAGUAAGGCCAUGGCUGUUGCUAUUGGUUCUAACUGGAUGUGGGGUUUCUUGAUUUCUUUCUUCACUUCCUUCAUUAUUAAUGCCAUCCACUUCUACUACGGUUUUGUCUUCACCGGUUGUCUUGCCGCAUCAUUUGUCUUUGUUUACUUCUCCAUUAUGGAAACUAAAGGUUUGAGUUUGGAAGAAGUUGAUGAAAUGUAUUCUCAAAAUAUUUUGCCAUGGAAAUCUGCCAACUGGAUUCCUCCAUCUGCUGAACAAAUGGCACACUCCACUGGUUAUGCUAAACCAUCUGCUGUCGAAUCUCCAUGA